AUGGGUAUUAAAGCACUUGCCAACGUAAUUUCAGAAGAGUCACCAAAAGCAAUAAAGCACACAGAUAUUAAAUCAUUAUUUGGCAGGAAGGUUGCAAUCGAUGCUUCCAUGUCCAUCUACCAAUUCCUGAUAGCAGUUAGGCAGAGAGACGGCGAGCAAUUAAUGAGCGACACAGGCGAAACUACAUCUCAUUUAAUGGGAUUUUUCUACCGUACACUGAGAAUGGUCGAUAAUGGUUUAAAACCGUGUUAUGUCUUCGAUGGUAAACCUCCUGAUCUCAAAUCGAACGUCUUAAAGUCUCGCUUCGAGAAGAGAGAAGACGCGACUGAACAAGGUGAAGAAGCUAAAGAGACUGGUGACGCAGAGACUAUGGAUAGAUUAUCUAGACGCACUGUAAGAGUAACAAAGGAGCAUAACGCUGAAUGUAGAAAACUGCUCAAACUCAUGGGCAUUCCUGUGAUUGAAGCUCCUUCUGAAGCUGAAGCUCAGUGUGCUGAACUCGUUAGAGGUGGUAAGGUUUGGGCUGCAGGUAGUGAGGAUAUGGAUACUCUCACUUUCGGCGCACCCAUCUUACUCAGACAUUUGACUUUCUCUGAGCAAAAGAAAGAACCAAUCAGUCACUACUAUUUCGAAGAAGCCCUCAGUGGAUUAGCCAUGGAGCGUGAACAAUUUACCGACCUCUGUAUCUUGUUGGGAUGUGAUUAUCUAGACCCUGUCAAGGGUGUUGGUCCUUCAACAGCACUCAAGUUAAUUAGAGAGCAUGGCAGUCUAGAUGAGAUUGUGCCAAUCUGCAGAGCCAAUCAAGAGAAGAGGGCUAAGGAAAUGGAAAAGAUCAAAGAGGAUGAAGAUGAGAAAGAAGAGGAAGAAGAGAAGCUCGAAAGAGAGGAAUCGGGUAGUGAGAAUGAAGAGUCCACACCAAAGAAGAAGACCAAGAAGAGAGGUAAACAGCCUAAAACCAAGUCAGGUCCAGUCAUACCAGAGUAUUGGCCAUACGAAAAGGCUCGCGAGCUCUUUUUGAACCCUAAUGUACACAAAGCUGACGAAGUUGAGCUCAAUUGGGAGAGUCCAGAUAUAGAUGGACUGAUACAAUUCUUGUGUCACGAGAAGGGUUUUGCUGAGGACAGAGUCAGAAAAGGUGCUGACAGAUUGAACAAGAUGUUAAAUACCAAACAACAAGGACGUCUUGACGGAUUUUUCUCAGUGAUUCCUAAGGCAAACGACGACAAAAUGACAGAUAAGAAAGGUGGAGGUAAACGCAAGGCAGAAGAUGCCAAAGGCAAGGGCGGCAAAAAAUCAAAGAAGUAA